GUGAAUUUUGUGACGGCCGUCACACAAUGUGUAUUUAUAAAGAGCCAUCGAAGAAUUGCAAAGAUUAUAAACUAACAAAAUUAAAGACUUCAGAUCGUAACACAAUUGUUGAAGUACAUAAUACAUUACGAAGUGAUGUUGCUUUAGGCAAAGCACAAGCAAAAAAUAAACAAUUUUUACCAACUGCUAGUAAUAUGCGUGAAAUUAAAUGGGAUGAUGAAUUGGAAUCCAUUGCGGAACAGUGGGCGUUACAAUGUGUUCCGUAUGAGGAACCCUAUCAACAUGAUGAAUGUCGUUUUGUUGAAAGAUUUGAUGUUGGUCAAAAUAUUCAUACAGUAUUUUCUGUAACGCCCCCAACUGCAACAUUUGAGACUAUGAUUUUUCAGUGGUUCAAUGAAAUAUGGAAUUUUAAUUUCACUAUAGACGAGAAAAAUAGGUUAAAAGCAAAUGGUAAUGAAACUUCAACUUUACAUUUUAAUCAAAUCGUAUAUUCAUAUCUUGAAUUUGUUGGCUGUGCUGAAAUUCUAUUCCCGGGAAAAGUAAGGCUCGCGAAUGCAUCGGCAAUUAAAUUGGGCUACAUAAAAAGAUUUAUAUGUAAUUAUGGACCAAUAUAUGAAGUAGAAGAAGAUUUGUAUACUGUUGGUGAACCAUGUGCAAAUUGUCCAUACAAUUGGUCCUGUAAAAAAGAUAAAGGAUUAUGUUUCGACACAGAAUUCCCUGGUGCAUUUGAUGCUGAGAGCAAUAAAUCAAUUUCCAAUAAUUAUAAAAAAUACGACUUAAACUUUUAUAAAUGGCGAAUAGAUGGUGAAAAUUCAUCCCCCGUUGCUGCAAAUACAAGUAGAGUUAAAUGUUGGCAUCAACUUCGUUCAUUAUUCAAUAAACGUUUGAACGAAACGACGGAACAAAGUGAUCGUCCUCCAAUUGGUUCGAUUGUGACAAUAACACGGAAAGGUAAAUGGAAGAAUGGGAAAUGUCGUUGUAAUCAAUCUCCUCGUAGUAGUCAACAAUAUAAAGAUAUGAAGAAUAAUUUGCUUGAUUAUUUAAGAAUUAUUAAAGUAUUUACGAAUAUUAGUUUGUGUAUUAUUUAA